UGUCCCCCUCUGGAGUGUCCACAGCAGGGAGCAGCUGAGCUCCAGCAUGGCUUCUCAGGCCCGCAGGCUCGCCCUCCUCUGCUUUCUGCUCCCGCUUCAGGGAUCCCUGGCUGCAGUCUUCCUGACGCAGGAGGAAGCGCACAGGGUGCUGCACAGGCCGCGGCGGGCCAACGCCUUCCUGGAGGAGCUGCGGCCGGGCUCCCUGGAGAGGGAGUGCAAGGAGGAGCAGUGCUCCUUUGAGGAGGCCCGGGAGAUCUUCAGGAGCACGGAGAGGACGGCGCGGUUCUGGACUUCCUAUCAGGACGGGGACCAGUGUGCCUCGAACCCCUGCCAGAACGGGGGCUCCUGCCAGGACCAGCUCCAGUCCUACGUGUGCUUCUGCCCCACCGACUUCGAGGGACGCAACUGCGAGACAGACAAGAAGGCCCAGCUGAUCUGCAUGAACGGGAACGGCGGCUGCGAGCAGUACUGCAGUGACCGCGAGGGGGACAUGCGCACCUGCUGGUGCCACGAUGGGUACCGCCUGCUGCCCGACGGCGUGUCCUGCAGGCCCACAGUUGAAUACCCAUGUGGGAAAAUACCCGUCCUGGAAAAAAGGAAUGGCAGCAACCCCCAAGGCCGGAUUGUGGGGGGCAGGGUGUGCCCCAAAGGGGAGUGUCCGUGGCAGGCCGUGCUGCUGCUGAACAGGGCGCUGCUCUGUGGGGCCACCCUGCUGGACCCCGGCUGGGUGGUGUCCGCUGCCCACUGCUUCGACAAGAUCCGGAGCUGGAGGAACCUGUCCGUGGUGCUAGGCGAGCAUGACCUCAGCGAGGACGACGGGGACGAGCAAGCCCGGCGGGUCGUGCAGGUCAUCAUUCCCGACAAGUACAUCCUGGGCAAGACCGACCAUGACAUCGCGCUCCUCCGCCUGCACAGGCCCGUGGCCCUCACCGACCACGUGGUGCCCCUCUGUCUGCCCGAGAGGACCUUCUCUGAGAAAACGCUGGCCAAUGUCCGCUUCUCAUGGGUCAGCGGCUGGGGCCAGCUGCUGGACCGUGGUGCCACGGCCCUGGAGCUCAUGGCCAUCGAGGUGCCCCGGCUGAUGACCCAGGACUGCCUGGAGCAAUCCAAGCAGAGGCCAGAUUCCCCGGUGAUCACAGAGAACAUGUUCUGUGCCGGCUACCUGGACGGCAGCAAGGACGCCUGCAAGGGGGACAGCGGGGGCCCACACGCCACGCGCUACAGCGGCACCUGGUUCCUGACGGGGGUGGUCAGCUGGGGCGAGGGCUGCGCAGCGGCCGGCCACUUCGGGGUGUACACCCGGGUCUCCCAGUACACAGAGUGGCUGAGCAGGCUCAUGGACUCCAAGCCCCGACCGGGCAUCCUGCGAGCCCCGUUCCCCUAGCUCCUCCAAAGCCCCAGCCCCGCACGAGGACGCCGCGGCCACUGGAGCUGUCUGGAGCUGUCCUGCGUCCACCCCCACCCAGUCCUCUUUGUGUCAGGGGGAGAAGCACCAGAGCCCGAGGGAGGUGGAGAGGGGAGGAGGGGCCCCGAGUCAAAGGCAGCGAGGAGACGCGGCUGAGGGGACGGCGGGGAGGCGCCCGCAGCCAGGCCCAGGGUGCGGGCGGCCCUAAGGGAGUACUGGCGCCUCCUGUGUGCGCUGCCUGGUGACGGCUCACCUGCCAGCGUGCUCACAGGGCCGCUGCCGCCCCACUUCCCCUCACGUCGGCCUCUCACCUGUUUCCAUUAAACGAGAAGCAUGUGUGUUUUAGCAU